AGGUGGGAUCAACAGCAGAUGUAUUAGAAAAAAUAGAUAUUAAUGAGAAGACAAAAAUAAGGUUGGCAAUUGAGGAGUUAGAUGGGAUGUUAAAAAAGGAUAAUAAUCAAAUGGAUAAAGGUGUAAGGGUAUUGAAACAAAGACAACCAUAUGUGAGAAAACAGCUUGGAUAUGGCUUAGAAAACUUGGAUGGGAAUAUAAAGAAUGAAGAAAGGAUAUCUAUGUAG